AGAUGAGGCUUUGAACAGGAUGCAAAAAGAAGUCAUGAAGGCAUUGGAAACCAGGAAGCUGAAUGCCAGCAGUACACUGAACAUUGUGCCUGAGAAACUUUUACACAGCAACAUAACAAUGAAGGUCACCGUGAGGCAGAGAAACACCAAUUUAGAGAAAGAUGAGGCUUUGAACAGGAUGCAAAAAGAAGUCAUGAAGGCAUUGGAAACCAGGAAGCUGAAUGCCAGCAGUACACUGAACAUUGUGCCUGAGAAACUUUUACACAGCAACAUAACAAUGAAGGUCACCGUGAGGCAGAGAAACACCAAUUUAGGUGAACUCAACCCACACCUUUUGAAAUCGGUCCAGGAAUUAGAGAAAGAUGAGGCUUUGAACAGGAUGCAAAAAGAAGUCAUGAAGGCGUUGGAAACCAGGAAGCUGAAUGCCAGCAGUACACUGAACAUUGUGCCUGAGAAACUUUUACACAGCAACAUAACAAUGAAGGUCACCGUGAGGCAGAGAAACACCAAUUUAAGUGAACUCAACCCACACCUUUUGAAAUCGGUCCAGGAAUUAGGUAAGCUGAAACCUGAAGAGGUCCUGCAAAUCAAGUGGAAUGACACGUCUGAACUGAAAAAGCUGUACAUGCUGGCCAAUUUGCUACAGAUGGCACUCAGAGAACAAGUUACAGAAGACUUGAUAAGUUACAUUCUUAUCAUUCUGAAACAUGUCAGGGAGUCAAGCCAGCAAGAUCGCUCUCUGCAUGAGGAAGAAACAGCGGCUCCCAGUACCACUACCACCACCACUACCACCACCACUACUACCACUAGCACCACUAGUCCCACUAGUCAGAGUUUGCUGCUGGAGGGUACGUCCAGCUCUUCCCAAAAUGAACCUAGUGAAGGAAACUCAGAGCAGACAUCAGAGAAUGCACCAUUAAUGUCAAAGGAGGCGCUGCUCAACCAGCUCACGCGUGGAACUCAGGAAGGUGGUGUGCCCCAAAUCCCAGGAGAUAAUGCAGAGGCACCCCAAAUCCCAGGAGAUGACACAGAGGCCUCCCAUGAGACACACUGGGAGCAUCAUGAAGUGAAGACCACUGCUCGCCACAAGCUGAACAUCUUGCCCACUGAUGAUGACUACUUGCUUCAAGGGGACCUUUUUGAAGCUGAGCUGAACAAGCGGCUAUCGCCCCUUAUCCCAAACACACCAGUGAGGAACCUCAUAUCCCACACACUCCAUAUCCUCAAAAUGGACUGUACAGUGUCCAGGGUCCAGUUGGCCUGUGCUACGCUAAUCUCCAGAACAGGUCUCCUCAUGAAACUAUUCAGUGAGAGAGAAAACUUCAUGGAUAACUCCGCCUUGUGGAAGUCAUACUUCUUGUCUAUGAAGUAUGUCUCCAACUUGGCCACAGGAAGUCCAAGAAAACUGGGGAAAUCUGAAAUUGGAAGCCAGGGAAUCCCAGAAUAUGGCUAUGGCAAAAAGCUGUUGUUUGCUAUUUCAGUGACUGCAGUGAUAAUAAUCAUCAUUUCAGUAAUUGGGCUGAUUGAGUCUUCCAGUGCAGGUUCUUCAAUGCUCGAUAAGCCUCUUUGGCUCAAGUAUAUGUACCAGCUUCUGGAUGAAGUACGGAAAAAGAGCAUGGUGGACAAAAUGCACGAUGAAGAAUCCUCUGAAGAUGAAGAUAUAUUCAGCUGGGCAAGAGUUCCCGGAGCUCCACCAGGUCCACCAAGCCCAUCACCGGUAGAACAACCGCCUUCAAGAAGGCCCAGCUCAAGAAAAAUGUCACAAAUGACUGCACCGUCCCCUGAUAGAAAGCCCAGUUCCAAGACACUGUCUGCACAUCCGUCCCUCUUUGCACCUCAGUCCGCACCUCCAUCUGUGCCUCCAUCAAUGCCCAUGUAUAUGUCUCCGUAUGUACCUCCAUCCUUACCUCCAUCCGUACCUCCAUACAUAACUCCGUACGGCCCUCCAUCUGCAACUCCAUCCGUACAUCCAUACGUACCCCCAUCAGUAUCUCCAUCCAUCCAUCAGUCCGUACCUCCAUCUGUACUUCAGUCUGUACCUCCAUCCGAAUAUCAGUCCGUACCUCCGUCUGCACCUCACUCCGCACGUCCGUCUGUACAUCAGUCCGCACCUCCGUCCGCACCUCCCUCUGCACCUCACUCCGCACCUCACUCCGCACGUCCGUCUAUACCUGCACCUGUGGAAGGAGCUCCGCACACACCAUCACCAAAAUCAUCAUUGACAAAGCCCCCCAGUGAAGCUUCAAAACGAGGAUCGACGGCAGAAGGUGGCGCUAGCACAGAGUCAAAGAAAGCAAGUUCGGGUGCAGGAAGCCAAGCUGGAGGAAGCCAAGCUGGAGGAAGUGAAGGUAGAGGAAGCGCAACGGAAGAAGAUUGACCUUUGUUCGCUUGUAAAUAAUGUUAUAUUAUCUGUAGAGCUCUGUACAAAGUUCUGUCAUUAUUACUAUUAUAAUACUAUUAUUAUUAUUAAAUACAUAACUCCAAAAGA